AUGGCUGCCUGGUCCGUCGCAAAGCUCUCCGUCCCCUUCCUUGAGGGAAACGCUCAAUGGUCGGCCUCCAUGAACACGUCUCACCCUGGGUUCCUGUACAACUUGUCCCUCGCCCAGGCUCCCCCCAUCGUCUGGAUCGGCUGCUCCGACUCGCGCAUCCCCGAGAGUGUCAUCACCGACCAGCUCCCAGGCCAGAUCUUCACUCACCGCAACAUUGCCAACCAGUUCCAGGUCAAGGACAACAACGCAGGCGCCGUCGUCGAGUACGCUGUCGACCACCUCAACGUCUCCAACAUCGUCAUCGUCGGCCACACUGGCUGCGGUGGUAUCAAGGCUGUCUAUGACGCUGUCAACUUUACCUCUUACAUCAGCGACCACCCCGACCACACAGGCUGCGCUCACAUUGUCAGCACCAAGCCAACCGACGACCCUCUCAACAACUUCCUCAUCCCUAUCACCAAGCUCCGCCAGUGCCUCCCUGCCAACGCCACCAACAUGGACCUCACAGUCGCCAACGUCCAGAUGCAGGUCCAGAACGUCUACAAGUCGUCCAUCUUCAAGAAGGCCUGGGAGACCACUCCGGGCCGCGAGAUGUGUGUCCACGGGUGGCUGUACGACCUUUCCACUGGCCUUCUCAGCAGCCUCGGCAUGACUACGUGUGGCAACGGCAAGGUCACCACCGAUGGUAACGGCAAGCCCAAGAAGGUCUGA